AUGCUGGGUCUUCCAAUACGUUACCUCCGACCUACCACGAUCGUCGGCGGUCUUGCAGUCAGCGGCGCAAGUUAUGCGUGCAUACGGACCAUUCAUGCCGAGGCUGAAUGGCCUCCCAAAGUCUUUGGUCGUGGCCCAGCAAUGGUAUCGUUAUCACUGGAAAGCAGCACGCAAGUGAACCACAACACCAAGCGCCUACGCUUCAAACUCCCGCACGACACAGACACCAGCGGCCUGUCGUUGACAUCAGCGCUCCUCGUCCUCUCGUGGCCCAAAGGCCGCUGGCUUCCCGUGGCGCGUCCCUACACUCCCAUAUCCGCGUCCACUUUCCCUGGUGCGCUUGAUCUUCUUGUCAAGCGAUAUCCCCAUGGCAAACAGAGCACACACCUCCAUUCUUUGCAGCCGGGAGAUUCUGUCCUUUUCGCCGCGGCAAUCCCCGGCUACAAUUGGAAGCCCAACAACGCGGCGCAUGUCACGCUGAUCGCUGGCGGCUCAGGUAUCACCCCUAUAUAUCAGCUCGCACAAGGAAUUCUGGACAAUCGGGAAGAUAAGACGAGUGUAACGUUGGUAUACGCCGCGAACACGGACGACGACAUUCUCCUAAAGAAAGAGCUGGACGCGUUCUAUAGUAAGUUUCCAAGCAGGUUUAAGGCGGUGUAUGUGGUCAGUCAGCCUGCUGAGGGAUCGAUGGCACGGAAGGGACGCGUUACGAAACAGCUCUUAGAGGACGCCACGCAAGGCGUGUCGAACAGCGAGAGUAUGGUGUUUGUCUGCGGGCCGCCGGCUAUGGAGAAGGCACUCCUUGGCGAUCGGAAUACUGAGGGAAUCUUGAUGGAGCUAGGGUACGAGAAAAACCAGGUCCAUUCGUUCUAG